CAGCAGGAGACGGAGGAAAGGACCCGCCCAGGGCCACCUGAGACCAGAAGGUAGGCGGACAGGAAGGGGCGGCAGCCGGCGGGGAGCGAGAGAGAAGCAGGAAGUUUUGGGGAGCUCGCCGAGGACCGGGAAGCGCCUGCUUGGGAACCCACUCGACGGGCUCAUGGAGGGUGGAAGUGCCCCCGGGAUGGCAAAUGACAAGGUGAAGAACCUCCAGAAUGAGGUGGAGGGUGUCAAGAACAUCAUGACGCAGAACGUGGAGCGUAUGCUGGCAAGGGGAGAGAACCUGGACCACCUGCGCAACAAGACGGAGGACCUGGAAGCGACGUCGGAACACUUCAAGACAACCUCACAGAAGGUGGCACGCAAGUACUGGUGGAAGAAUGCCAAGAUGAUCAUCAUCAUCUGCGUUAUUGUGGCCAUCAUCCUGCUCUUGAUCAUCCUCUUUGCUACGGGUGUCAUCCCAACCUAACUUUCUUCCUCCUGGCAUUGGAUCUUCUCGGCUCACUCCAACCCUGGCUCCUGUCUGCCACUGCUUCUCUUAGUCAUCAAAAUUACCAAUGGAACCACAAGGCCCUUGGCUGAGCACAGCCAUCAGGGGUCCUUGACUGCUCCUUCAGAACACACACACACUCUCUCCCCUCCCUAGACUGCCAUUUCCUUCCUCAGCAGCUCCUUCUCUCUUUAUCUCUUUAGCCUCAGGGCCAUAAGAAUCUCUGACACCAGACCUUAAGAGCUUCCUUUCCACACUUCCUAAGUUUCCAAAUUCACCUGGGACUUGCUGACCCCCCACUCCAGCCUGCAGAUACUGGUGCCAACAACUGUUUGCGAUGCAAUUCCUGUUAUCUGUGCCUGGCAGCUGCUAAGAUUCCCUUCAUCUCUCCCGCUCCCUGGAGGGUUCUGAUUCCCAAAGUGCCUUUAGCUACUCCUUCCCAAGCAGAGCUUUGAUCACCACCUCUUUUAGGGACCUGGUUGGGUCACUUCCAUCUUAAUUAGGCAACAGUGUUGACAAACAUUGCUUGGGGGAAGGGAUCAGCGUUCCCUGUUGGCCAGAAUGGGUUUUGGGAGCCCCAGAAGCCCUAUCCUAUGGGGGUGCUCCUUGUAGAGAGGUUUUCUUGGUAAUUAAUGUUUGGGGUGGGGAAAUGUCUGCAUUCCCCUUUAAAAGCGGGGAUGGGCAUUGUGAAGAGGGUGUCUAGGCAUCCAAGUCUCCUGUGAACACUUUGGAGAGGAGACGUUUGUCCAUAAGUGGCUUUUUUUAAAAAAACCAAAACUAUGAGGCAGGUUUGUUUGUUUUUUAAAGGUGCUCUACGUUUCUGCUUCAUUCACUGUUGUGUAUUUUGACAGCCUUUGCCAAUCAAGUACCCUCCAGGUGUUUUGGAUUACAACUCCCAUCACUGCUGGGCCUGAGUUUGUAGUCGAAAAUAUCUGAAGAAUGCCCAGUUGGCCAAGGCUGCCUUAGACCUUGAUUCUGAGGCAGGCUUUUCUCCUGGGGUGUGCCUGGCAGUGCACUGGAGCUUCUCUUCCCCUGUUCCUCUGCCUGCCCUGGCCCUCUGCUCCAGGCCUUCUGCCUUUCCUGAUCAAGUUCCUUGGAUCUUUGCAGGGUCUCCACUGUAGCUGAUGGUUUUGUUUUUGUUGUUUCUCCCUGCAUACACAGAUUUGCUCACUGUAAUUAAUGUAUUUAUAAGUAAUUGGCUAAUACAGAAAUUCGUUUAGAAG